AUGACCACCACGGCCACCAUUGGCACCAUUCCUACCACCGGUGAAUCCGAUCUCACCAAGUCCAAUAUCGGCGUAUUCACCAACCCCAAACAUGACCUUUGGAUCGCCGAAACGUCGCCGUCCCUCUCCGAUGUGCAGGCAGGAAAAGGUCUGAAAGAGGGAGAAGUCUAUGUGGGCGUAAAGUCCACUGGCAUAUGUGGCUCCGAUGUUCAUUUCUGGCACGCAGGAUGUAUAGGUCCCAUGAUUGUCACCGGCGACCAUAUCCUCGGUCAUGAAUCUGCAGGCGUUGUUCUCUCCGUCCAUCCCUCGGUCGCCUCAUUAAAACCGGGAGAUCGAGUAGCCAUCGAGCCCCAUAUUCCCUGCUUUAAAUGCGAACCCUGCUUGACUGGAAGAUACAAUGGAUGUGAAAGUGUCGAAUUCCUCAGUACUCCCCCGAUCGAUGGGCUGUUAAGACGAUACGUCAAACACCCUGCAGUAUGGUGCCACAAGAUUGGGGACAUGAGUUAUGAAAAUGGGAGUCUGCUGGAGCCACUCUCGGUAGCACUUGCCGGUAUGGAUCGCUCCGGUAUCAGACUCGGUGAUCCGGUCCUGAUAUGCGGCGCCGGGCCCAUCGGUUUAGUCACACUCUUAUGCUGUGAAGCAGCUGGUGCUUGUCCUCUCCUCAUCGUCGACAUCGACGCCGGCCGAUUGAAAUUCGCCCAGUCUCUUGUCCCUGGUGUCUCAACAUAUCAAGUACCCAUGGACAAAUCCGCCGAAGAAUGCGCAGAUGGAUUCAUUGCGGCAAUGGGAGGCAUUCGACCCCGCGUCGCCAUGGAAUGCACCGGCGUGGAAUCCAGCGUGGCGAGCGCCAUCUGGAGUGUCAAGUUUGGCGGCAAAGUGUUCGUCAUCGGAGUGGGCAAGAAUGAGAUGAAAGUACCCUUCAUGAGACUCAGCACACAGGAGAUCGAUCUCCAAUAUCAAUAUCGAUACAGCAAUACCUGGCCCAAGGCCAUCCGGCUGGUGGAAAACGGUGUGAUCAAGCUGGAUAAGUUGGUCACCCACCGAUUCAACAUUAGCGACGCGAUCGAGGCGUUUAAGACCGCAAGUGAUCCCAAGAGCGGAGCCAUCAAGGUUCAGAUCAAGAAUGAUGAUAGCUUAUAA